AAAAAAAUGACUCGACCGUCGGCCCGACUCGAAAACGGCAACCCUACUUUUGAUGAUGAAGGGGAGGAGUGUGAACGGCCUUUUUGUCCUUUCUUUCAUCCUUUCUCUAGAGCUUCAAAUUCUUUGGUCAAAGUUAAAGAGGAAAUUCAGGAUGAUGACAUAAUUGUUGUAUAUGAAAAGCUUAUUCCUUCACGAUCAGCAUUUCCCUCAUCGGCAACAAAAUCGCGUGUUGUGAGCAAUACAGUAGAAGCUACUCAAUGGUCUCGGCCUGUCAUUAAACGUGUACGUGCUUUGAAAAAACUUCAAUUGGAAUCUUUACAAGUUGAGACUCAAUUCUAUCAGAAGGUUUAUGAGCUUGAAAAGGUUUGGAGUUUUUCUAAGUUUUUCAGCUAGUAGGGGUGGCGAGCCGGGAUAUUGAAUUCUUCCGUUGUUUUCCGGUCUGAUAUCGAAUUCAGGGGGUUGGGCAGAUUGCGUUCUAUCUGAUGGAGUAUUUGUAGUUUAUUGGAGGGAGUAUGUAUUGUUUAUUGCCAUCCGAACGAGCUCCUCUAGCUG